AACAGAAUUAACCACUCACGCUAAAGAGAACCCUGCCUUCACUGAACCAGUCAAGAAUCUCAAGCCAUAGAAACAAGAGCUCACCCAUAGAACAUAAACACCUUGGUUUGUUUGUACCAUAUAAGUGUAUUCAACAUUGUAUGUUCUAAUUGCUUUCAAGUUUUUUUUUGCAGUCAACUAUUAGAGUUUUUAUAAGAAAACGCUGUUUAAUUUAUUUUAACUUAUUAUUUUUAACUUAAAUUGACAGACUUUUGUGUUAUUAUUUUUUCCUUGUUCCCUGAAAUAGUUAUUGUAAGCUGUUGUGUAUGCAUAUCACAACAGUAGUUAUCAAACCAAAAUGUUAAAUGUUUCAUUAAGAUAACAUUAGACACAAAGGCAUUAUGAACUCCUCUGAUGGUGAACGUGUUAAGGAUUGGACCCCGAACAGCACCAAUGUUGCUGUAGAAAAUCGUGGAUCUGCAAGCACUCCAGGGUGGGUUGUACCAACGCCAAAAGAUCACACGACUAAUUUAACCUUUUUACCAAUAUUGGCCUUAAUUAUUUUUCUUAUCUGCACGCUACUUAAAGUAUACAAAUGGUGCCGGGACGAUGCCAGGCACAAAGCUAGGGGAGAUGUAGAGUUUGGGGAUGACAGUGAGGUCAACUAUGGAAUCAUCAGCGCAGGGGACAAGGAAUACAUUGAUGUUCGGAGUGAUGGGAUUUCUGUGUAUGACACUGUUAGUUCAUUUAGAGGCUUAGGAAAUGGUUACGCAUACUCUUACAACAGUCCUCAGUACUACCAUGAAACUGUCACGUCCAUAAAGUCACUGGUCCUGCAGAGGGCUGAUGGUAGCCAGUAUGAUAGUGUUAAGUCAUAUAAAGCGUUUUUAGAAAAAAUUACUCAGGAUAAAGAUUUAGCGGUAGAGGUGAAACUAUUAGAGAAUUAUCCCAUAAGAAGUAAAAGUGUGGAGCACUGCGUUGUUUUGGAGGAAGAAAGCUCAGAAAAGUCUGAAGAUGUCUCUUCAAGGAUGCUUACGUCUUUGCCUUUAAAGAAACACAUUCACGUAGAAGGUCAUAAAUAUCAGUAUGACAAGAAAAAGCAGAGACACAGGAGGGCAAGCGGAGAUGCCCCGAAUGGAAUGAGAAAACGGUCAGCGUCGAACCCAACUUACCGCAGAUCAAAUGGCGCAGCAGCCAGCCUGCCUUCUAUGCGUUACAUUGUUUCUAGUGAUUCCGAUGAUGAUGAGUUGCAAUUGGACAGAAAAAAGCUAUGGGCUGAGAGGAAGAAGAUCUCUAGAUCAGUAUCUGGUGGGAAGAUAUCUAAAACUCCAAAAGACCCUCCUGAUGGCAUCUCAACUGCUGGUGCGGAGAAUGGUGCAGGCCAUUCAUGUGUCCAUAAAAGGAAACGGCAUUACUCUGCAGACAGUGCCAGGCGGCACAAAAAGGGGUUAAAAGCAGGCUCUGAUUUAAGUGAGAAAGUUCAUUUUAACUGUCAGUCCAACGGCAAGACCAGGAAGCACAGGAAGCGUGAUGAAAGUCAGUUGGACGAGUCUUCAUCAGAGAACCCAAUCAGUUCCCACUCAUCCUCUGAUUCCAAUGUCCCUUCCGAUGGUGUUUCUUCUGAUUCUGAUGAUGAAACCAAACAAAACACCCUCCUCUCCAACGCUUCUGAUGACAAAACUGUAGACAAUGAUGUGUUCUUUAGCCUAGAUUCCGGAGCAGAACUUGCAUCAUCCUAUGAAGUAUUACAAAGCUCUCCACAUCGGCCAUUAUCAGAUACUAAAAAGUCAAUUGCUAAGGCAAAGGAAGACUUUUUUAGAAAGUCUUCAAACAGUCCAUUACCAUUGCUGCCUCCUACACUGAAAAUAUCUGGACCAUCCGACAAUGACAGCAGCAUUUUGCUUGACGACCAGACAACAAAUGUCCACAUAAACGGUGCAGAAUUCCCAGCUCUCAGCAACCAUUCCAGCCAGCAACAAUCACUGAACCAGUGCUCAUACCUAGGAUCUCAAGCUGACAGCUCCAGCAAGUCUUCACUCUCCACUGACAGCCACAUGCCCGGGGAGAACCAGCUGAACAUCUCUGUUGAUAGCAGCGCUGAAGGAGAGUCACAUGAUCAGACCAGUCCUAAAAGAGUUCAGAGAUUUCACGUCACUUUUGUUAAUAAUGAUCUAUCUAGUCUUCAAUCUGAAUAACACCAGGAUUAGUACAGUAGAAUCCUUCAUUGAUGUACAAAGUAUUUAUAAAAUCAUAUUUAAUUUAUGUUAACUCUUAGUUAUUUUUUUCUCGUUAACCCUGUAAUGGCCAAUAGACAUUUUAAUGUUCACGUGAAAUCUCUGUAGA